AUGACGGUAGACUACGAAACUAUUGACCCGGAUGGGGACACUUGGAUCAUCAUAUCCUACCCGACUGUAUCCCCUGACGGCACAGAUGAAUCAAUCACUACCGAUGAUCCAGUGGCUGUAGAAAAAGCGGCGACUGUCGGGGAGUCCGUUGCUGAAGGGCCGGGGGGCGUCCACGACCAUCCUAUGGCUCCUGCCACUCAUGAGACUACCAACCGCCAAGAAGGGAACGAUCCAGGAGCAGAACUAUGGAUCGAGGUAUCCAGGAAACAUCUCUCAGUGGCAUCUCGACGUGCUAGGAUAAUGUUCCAAGGAGACUACCUUGAAACUCAGAGAUCGGAGAUCGAUGGCCAUUAUUACUGGAGCAUGGAGGCUUUGUUUCAACCGGAAGCUCUGUUGAUCGUCUUGCGGAUUAUCCAUGCACAAAAUCAGGAUGUGCCGCAGUACGUGUCUUUCGAGAUGUUUGCCCAGAUCGCUACAGUUGUAGACGAUCUGCAAUGUUACGAAGCUAUAUCGUUCUCCGCCAAAUCGUGGAUGAGUCAACUUUCCGGAUCUAUUCCCCAUCACCUGUGCGACGACCUCAUUCGCUGGAUCGUUGUCGUGUCCGUGUUUGGACUGAACGAUUAUCUAGAAUGUGCGAAGCAUGUUGCAAUGGUGGAGAGUACUGGACCCAUCGAUAGUCUAGGACUCCCCAUUCUCUCAUCAAUCAUUGACAAGAUUGAAGAGAAGAGACAGGGUCAUCUGAAAAACCUUACUGAUCGGCUACAUGCCUCCUUGACCGAAAUAUCCUCAGGAAAACACUGCGAUGUACCCCAAUGCGUUUAUGUCAUGGGCGGGACAAUGAAGAAACACAUGGACGACAUGAGAUUGCUUUCGCCUCAUCCCGAAAGGCCCUUUCAAGACUUGAGUCUUACCUCAGCACUUGAGGCACUGCGACGCUUGGACUCGCCGCCUCUGUAUCUCCCAUGGGACAGUUCAAUGCUCUAUACAGGUCCUCCACAGGAAAUGUUCAUGCCAGAUCCUGACCGGAGGGUUUGGGUACUGCAAGGGGGCUACCCUUACCAACAGUCACCUCUAUUUGGAGAGGGGAGACCGACAGUUACAGAUACUCCCAAACAAAUCAAAGCUCACCCGUGUCGACUACAGCCAUUCCUACAGCCCGUUAUACGAUGA